ACUACCUCCUGACCCAAACAAUUCAAUACUACUCCCCUCCAUCCUACGCACUGCCGCUCUUAUAUAAGGUCAGACCAUCAAGACUCGGCUCUCUCACCACAGCCCAAACAUCUUGCCACAAUCCAAGGGUUCCUUUUAUUUUUUUCCCUGUUGCCACAUUCACAAAGAGAGUGUUCCGGUAGCAUUGGCUCUCACACGUUUGUAAACUCGAAAGCGCAAGGAUGGUGAACCUGGUGGAGGCGCGGAAGCCGCUGCUGCACUUCCUGGUCCGGAGGGCCGGGCUGCGGCAGCACACCGUCGACGUCGACGGCGCAGGCACGGUCAUCACCUUCUGGGUGCCCAAGGACAAGGUGCCCAAGGAGAAGCCCACCGUGCGGGACGUCACGUCCGGGCCAGCUUCUGCCGAUGAGGCCACCAACAAGCUGCCGCCGCCGCCGCCGCCGCCGCCGGUGGCGAAGAAUGACAGGCCCGCCGUCGUGCUCGUGCACGGCUUCGCCGCCGAGGGCAUCGUGACCUGGCUGUUCCAGGUGGGCGCGCUGGCGAAGCACUACGACGUGUACGUGCCGGACCUGCUCUACUUCGGGGGUUCGACGUCGCCGUCGUCGGACCGGUCCCCGGGGUUCCAGGCGGAGUGCCUGGCGGCGGCGCUCCGGAAGUUGGGCGUGGGGUCCUGCGCGGUGGUCGGGUUCAGCUACGGCGGGAUGGUGUCGUUCAAGAUGGCGGAGGCGCACCCGGACCUGGUGCGGUCGCUCGUGGUGUCGGGCUCCGUCGUGGCCAUGACCGACUCCAUCAGCGAGACGAUGCUGGAGCGGAUCGGCGUCAAGUCGUGGGCGGAGCUGCUGCUGCCGGAGUCCGUCAAGGGGCUCAAGGCGCUGUUCUCCAUCGCCACCCACCGGAAGCUCUGGUUCCCCGACCGCCUCCACAGGGACUACCUCGAGGUGAUGUUCUCCAACCGCAAGGAGAGAGCGGAGCUGCUGGAAGGUUUGGUGGUCAGCAAUAACGACGCCACCGUCCCCGUCUUGCCGCAGAAAAUACUUUUGCUGUGGGGAGAGAAUGACAACAUCUUCAACAUCGAGCCCGCCAAGACAUUGAAAGAGCAGCUAGGCGAGAAGACGAUACUGCAUAGCAUAAGGAAGGCAGGGCAUCUCGUGCACCUAGAGAGACCCUGCGUCUACAACCGAUACAUUAAGGAGUUUCUCGCGUCCGUCACUGCACCGAAACCACCAAGCAGUGACGACAGGGAAUUCGGAAGGAUUUGGAAUUAGUUUGAUUGUUUGGUCGCCUACGUUUGGAGACAAGCCACGAAUGCCGAUUGAUGUCACGAAUGUCUCCACAAAUCUGUUGCAUCGCUGUUGUUUGGGACGACUUGUGAGCAUGAGCCUAAGUACAAGAAUAGACGCUUCCCGCCUUUGUACUAGUUGAGUUUGAUUAAUUGUCGUUCAAGAUGAACAUGCUACUCUACAAACAGAAUUGCAUUGCAAGGAUCA